AUUUUUUUUUUUUUUUGGUGCUGUUUCUGUUUCUGUCUUUGUUGUGUCUAUCCGUGUUUUCAAAAUCCAUUUACAACAACAACCAUCAACUGACUGCAACCAUCAACCACCACCACUCGAACCAACGACAACGUCAUCAAUCCGUAUUAAGAGUAUCAACUGUUAUUUGAAAGAGUAAUAAUUUAUCACCAUCAUUGUCAUCUUGGAAUCAUUCAUCUAUUUAAUCUGUUUAUCGAUCUGAAUAGUAUUCACAAGUGGGGGAAGGUUUUAGAUUAUUAUCAGUGUUGAGUUAAAAGAAACCAAGUAUCAUCAUCAUCAAACAGUAAUCACAAGUGUGUUUAGUUGAUAGAGAAACAGAACUAUUGAUUUGAAGUGUGUGUUUAUAGAACAGAACUUGUUUGAAACUAGUGAAAUCAAACAACAUUAAGCAACAACUACAAUGGAAUCUAUUCUUGAUUUCUCAAAGGAUCUCGACCUAGAUCUAUUUGAUAAAGUGGUUGACGCCUUCUAUAGUGGGACGGGAGAAGAUCAAAAGAAGGCUCAAUUAAUCUUGAAUCGAUUUCAAGAAAAUAAUGAAUCUUGGAAACGAGCUGAUCAAAUUUUAUCUAAUUCAAAUAAUUCUCAAUCAAAAUAUAUUGCAUUAUCAUGUUUGAAUAAAUUAAUUCAAUAUCGUUGGAAAACUAUUCCUGAAAAUGAAAGAAUUGGUAUUAGAAAUUUCAUUGUUAAUAUGAUUAUUGGAUUAUGUGAUAAUGAAAAAAUUUUUGAAAAUCAAAGAGCAUUAAUUAAUAAGAUUGAUUUAACUUUGGUUUCAAUUUUAAAACAAGAAUGGCCUCAUAAUUGGCCUCAAUUCAUUCCUGAAAUCGUAUUAAGUUCAAGAUCUUCAUUUAAUGUUUGUGAAAAUAAUAUGAUUAUUUUAAAAUUAUUAAGUGAAGAAGUGUUUGAUUAUAGUCAAGAUCAAUUAACUCAAGCAAAAGCUCAAUCAUUAAAAUUAUCUAUGAAAGCUGAAUUUGAAGAAAUUUUUAAAUUAUGUUAUGAAGUUUUAGAUAAAACUACUAAACCAUCUUUAAUUAUUUCAACUUUGAAUGCAUUAUUAAAAUAUAUUCCUUGGAUUCCAUUAAAUUAUAUUUUUCAAACUGAUUUAUUAACUUUGUUAUCAACAAAGUUCUUAACUCCCAUCGAUACAAGAACUAUUGCGUUAAAAUGUCUUACUGAAAUUGCUAAUUUACAUUCUCCUGAAAAUGAAGAAAAAUUCGUUAUAUUCUUUAAAGAUUCUAUGAAUGAAAUUUAUAAUAUUAUUCCAACUUCAACUAAUUUAAAAGAUUCUUAUAAAGUGGCAAGUACAAAUGAUCAAUCUUUCUUACAAGAUUUUGCCAUGUAUUUAUGUACUUUUCUUAGUAAUCAUUUAUCACCAUUAGAAUCAAAUGAAUCCUUAAAUGAAUUAUUAUUAAAUUCAUUAUUUUAUUUAUUAGAAUUAUCCCGAAUUGAUGAACGAGAAUUAUUUAAAACUUGUUUGGAUUUUUGGAGUAGUUUUAUUCAUGCAUUAUUUUUAGAAAUUCAAAAUAUUCCUAAAAAUGAAUUAAGUCCUUUAUUACAAUUAACUUAUACCAAUCAAUUUAGAGGUACAACUUCAGGUGGAGCUCCAAAUCCGGCUAUAUUAGCUAAAUUCCCCUUGAGACAACAUAAAUAUGAAAAAGUAUUAUCAAAAUUAAGAUUGGUUAUUAUUGAAAAUAUGGUUAGACCUGAAGAAGUUUUAAUUGUUGAAAAUGAUGAAGGAGAAAUUGUUCGUGAAUUUGUUAAAGAAAGUGAUACCAUUCAAUUAUAUAAAUCCAUGAGAGAAGUGUUGGUUUAUUUAACUCAUCUUAAUGUGGUUGAUACUGAACAAAUCAUGAGUGAAAAAUUAGCUCGUCAAAUUGAUGAAAGUGAAUGGUCAUGGCAAAAUAUAAAUACUUUAUGUUGGGCCAUUGGAUCAAUUUCAGGAGCCAUGAAUGAAGAUAUGGAAAAGAAAUUUGUGGUUUCUGUCAUCAAGGAUUUAUUAUCAUUAACCGAAAUGAAAAGAGGUAAAGAUAAUAAAGCCGUGGUGGCUUCAAAUAUCAUGUAUAUUGUUGGUCAGUAUCCUCGAUUUUUAAAAGCUCAUUGGAAAUUCUUAAAAACAGUGGUUAAUAAAUUAUUUGAAUUUAUGCAUGAAACUCAUGAAGGGGUUCAAGAUAUGGCUUGUGAUACAUUUAUUAAAAUUACAACUAAAUGUAAAAAGCAUUUUGUUGCUAUUCAACCUCAAGAAAGAGAACCAUUUAUAAAUGAAAUCAUUAGAAAUAUUCAAUCUAUAACUGAAGAUUUACAACCUCAACAAGUUCAUACGUUUUAUGAAGCAUGUGGAAUUAUUGUCAGUGCUCAAUCUCAAAAGGAAAAUAGAGAUAAAUUAUUAAAUGAAUUAAUGGCUUUACCAAAUAUGGCUUGGAAUGCUAUAGUUCAACAAGCAGGUCAAGAUCCUCAAUUAUUAACCAAUAUUGAAACGGUUAAAAUCAUUGCUAAUAUUAUUAAAACCAAUGUGGCUGUUUGUAAAGCUUUAGGUCCUGGGUUUUAUCCUCAAUUAGGAUUGAUGUAUGUUGAUAUGUUAUCGUUAUAUAAAGCUGUUUCAUCAAUGAUAUCUGAUUCUGUGGCUAAAGAAGGAUUAAUUUCAACCAAGACUCCAAAAGUAAGAGGAUUAAGAACAAUUAAAAAGGAAAUUUUAAAAAUGAUUGAAACUUAUAUUAAUCAAGCUGAUAAUUUAGAAGAAAUUGUUCGUGAUUUAUCUCAACCAUUAUUUGCUGCUGUAUUAGAUGAUUAUAAUAGUAAUGUUCCUGAUGCUAGAGAUGCCGAAGUAUUAAAUUGUAUGACUGCAUUAGUUGCUAAAGUUGGACAUUUAAUUCCUGAUGGAGUGGUAUUAAUUCUUCAAAGUGUAUUUGAAUGUACUUUAGAUAUGAUUAAAGCUGAUUUUAUUGAAUAUCCUGAACAUAGAGUUGAAUUUUAUAAAUUAUUAAAAGAAAUUAAUGCUAAAUCAUUCCAAGCUUUAUUACAAUUAAGUGGAGAUGCAUUCCAAUCCUUAAUCAAUGCUGCUAUAUGGGCUUUCAAACAUAAUAAUCGUGAUGUAGAAGAUAAUGGAUUAUCAUUAACAUUAGAUUUAUUAACCAAUGUUGAAAAAUUAGGUGAUACACCAUUUACCAAAGCAUUUUUUGAAAAUUUUUAUUUUCAAAUUUUAUCUGAUACAUUUUAUGUUUUCACUCAACCUGAUCAUAAAGCAGGAUUUAUUUAUCAAGCUCAAUUAUUAGCUAAAUUGAUUCAUUUAGUCCAAGAUAAUGUGAUUAAAUAUCCUUUAUAUACUGCUGAACAAGCACCAGAAGGUACGUCAAAUUCAGAAUAUUUAAAACUGUAUUUGGCCCAAUUAUUAUCAUCGGCGUUUGAUAAUUUACAAAAGGAACAAUUAAUUAAUUUCUUGAAUGUGUUGACAACAGUAUAUCAUGAUCAAACUAAAUUCAGAGCUACAUUAAGAGAUUUCUUAGUUCAAUUAAAAGAAUUUGGAGGUGAUCCAACUGAUUAUUUAUUUGCGGAAGAUAAAGAAUUGGAAAGACAAGAACAACAUAGAAUUAAACGGGAAUUGGAUAUGCAAGUGGGAGGAUUACUUAAACCUUCUGAACUUGAAGAUGAUGAAGAUCAUUCUUAGACAGUGUUAUUUGUUUGUUAAAUUGUAUUUUCCUGUAUAGCAUAGAAUGAAGAGAUAUAAAUCUUUUCGUUAGAUUGAUUUUUAUUUAAUUCAUAAGUUUUUAUUUUAUCCUUGUACAUCACCAUUAUGUCUGUUACUAAUAAUCCAUCCGUAGUUCAUUAAUGUCAUCCUGAAUCACUGAUUAUAAUUUUAAAAAUCCAUAUAAAAAGAGUCAAAAAAAAAGUCAAAAAUCCAUAAAAAAGAGAAUAAAAAUAAAAAAUAAAAAUAAGAACCCAAAUAUACAUGUUUAUUAUAUAUAUAUAUAUAUUUA